AUGAAGCAAAGAGAGGAGGCGAGACGCCGUCGUCGCGCCCAGAGCAAAGGAUCUACAGGGGGACUUCAGGCUAUUCAAAUUGAAGCACACUUACCAGAUGGCACUACCAGUCUCCGGACCAUCACUGACCGCCGCCUUGUAGAAGAUGGAUGCAUGCAAGAAAACACGGCACGCUAUGAUCAAACACGAGCGCCGUAUACCACUCCACCUAUGGCCGAACCGUUGUAUAGCGAAUUUACCGGUGACAACGCUGAAAUAAAUUCUCUGGCAUUGUUAGAAGGCCGUUACACAUUACCUGAUCUGUUGGACCCAGCUACGGCUUCUUUCUUAUCUCACUGCCGGUUUCACAAAGGGCACUCUCCAGUUCACUUGCAAGUCUCCAAGGACGAUCACGUGUACUUCUGGUCGCGGAACCCUGAGAAUAAAGGAUCUGAACCUCAUGGACUACAUAAUGGACACUUUAAGGCGGCUAUCCAGUCUCCAUCUAUAGCGUACUGUGAUGCCCUCUUCCGGAACAUUCCUCUCACCACAGGCUUUGUUCCUCUUCAAUGGCAGAACCUGAUGAACUUCCCCAUUGAAAAGAAGCCAGGAGACUUCUGCCUAUCCAAAAUGCGCACCAUCCAGUUGAUGAAUUCCGAGGCCCAGGCAAACAAUAAGAAGGCAGGACGUGCAGCCAUGCAAUUCGCCAAAGCGCACUCCUUGAUACCUGACGGGCAAUGCGGCUCACGCAAACGUCAUCAAGCAAUUGACCUGGCCUUGUCUAAACAAUUAGUGUGGGAUCUACUGAUCCUUCAACGCCGCGCAGCGGGGUGGAUCUCAAACGAUGCCAAGUCCUGCUUUGACCGUGUUGUCCACUGGGUGGCCAUCGUCACAAUGUUGCGGUUUGGCUUGACAUGGGGUGUCCUAUCAUCGAUGUUCAACACCGGGUUCGCACAGGUUUUGGUGACUCCAAGAGAAGCUUUCGCCCUCCGUCAGCGGUUCCAUUCCAAGGUUGUGGGCAAGGGAAUGGUGCCGGACCUCCCAUUUGGAUUUUGGCUGCUGCCACCUUGUGGUCGGGGGGAAUUCGGGCAACAGGUGGUGCAAUCAAUCCGGAGAAGUCCUUCUGGUGGCUUAUUGACUUUGAAUGGGAUGCUUGCAAUGGUAAUUGUCAACCUUAAGAUACCGGGGUUAUACGGUGACAUUGAACCCCUUCGCCGCCUUGAACCAGAUGAUUCCGAACGUACUCUGGGGGUGAUGUUGUCGCCACUGGAAAAUCACAAAGCACAGGAGGCACAGUUGGUCUCUAAAGCUACAGAGUGGGCCAAACAGCUUCGGCCUCACCUGCUACACAAGUACAAUGUGUUACCACUCAUCCGGACCACAAUCAUGAAGAAGCUUGAAUAUCCUAUGGCACUCACUACCCUCAACGCUCAACAAUGGCAGGACAUUAUAUCACCGGUUCUCCAGGUGUGCUUACCUAAGUCAGGUGUUUGCCGCAACUUCCCCCGUUCGGUGGUCUUUGCCCCGGUGGAUUAU